CUAUCUUGAUAAUGUAUAUUGAUUCUCUAUAGAACUACCAUUUCUCAUCAGGGUAUGCUGAUACUCGUCCAUAAAUUGUAUGGCAACUGGUGGUAUAAAGGGCUGUUGUACUAUGACACACGCAAACUUUCCUCUUUCUGAAUCUUUCCACAUAUGGAAUUAUGCUCACCAUGGCAAAGUCCCACCAAUGGGAUAUAAAGAGGUUCUCAUUUACUGACUUGUACUCAGACACAAAGUUCUUUUCCAUUUGUAUAAAUAGUCCCAGAAUUGUUCUAUCAUAUUCCAUGAGCCUUAUGUCUCGCACAGGGUUACAAAGUCCUUCUCAUUCAGUACCCUCCUGAAAUAAAUCCCUUGGAAAAGCAUGGUCUAGUCAGCAUUCCUUGUGAAGCAUACGUAAACUGUACUUGAACUUGUGAAGCAUAUUUUUAACCAACUAUGACACCAAUACCGCUGAUUGGCUCUGUUAUGCUCAACUAUUCUUUCCAAAGUGUCUGUUUGUAAACUUUGAUCGCCAUAUAGAGGAACUCUUGAACCUGCCAGAAGUUUCCAUAAAGCAGAAAUUUCCUCUUUCUGUCUGUGUCCCAUGGACACAGACACCAACUUUCUUGAUAUGCUAGGGGUAUAUAAAGGCGCGGAUCCCCCCUAAUUUUGAUUUUUUUUGGUUGGUGCUAACUAUCAAACUCAUAAUUCUGAAUUCAAUGCUCUCUCACGUACAAAUCUUUCAAUUUUGCCAAAAGUAUGAUAGGAAGACUCGGGGAGUUACCCAGAAGAGUUGUGCAACCUUCUUCCGGGUUGCAACGGGUUCUUGGUUGAAGUUUAAAUGUUGGUUUAAAAAUUUGUGGGUUACACAGAAGAAUUUGCAACCACAAGAUGAAAAUUUGCAGCCAUUUACUUUUCCAAGUGGUGAGAUGGUGGAUGGGUAUGAGGAUGUUGGAUUUGACAGGGCCAGUGUUUGUCUUAGUUCUAAGUUGACUCUAGUCAAUACUACUGGCUCCACAAUCGAUGGGAAAAUAGAUUCAACUCCUUUGUUUUGUGACACUGGCUGUCCUAAAACAGGUGGAAACUCUGGUUGCUCUGACUUGACUGACAGUACUGGUUGCCCUGACACGGGUGAUGAUUGGUAUCUUGACCCAAUUAACAAUUUGAUAGACUCUCUUGAUGACUUGUCUUCUAUUGACUCUUCAAUUUCACUUCAGAAAAGGUCACCUAUUCUUUCCAAUGUUGCUUUCAACUUGGAUGAAUAUACAACUUCUUCUGAUCUGUCACAAUUCAGUCUGGGAAUUCUUGUUUCUAGUGAGUCUACCACUUCAAACGAGGAACCAGAUGUGAAGGUUCAGCCAAAUGAGGAGCUCGAUCCAGUUGAGAUUAUCCAACUGAGUGAAAGUCCCACCAUGGCUACGAAGAUUGUACUGCAUUUCGAAUUGACUGGCGAUGAUAUUCAAUUCCCUCUGUUUAAAAUAUCAGAAAGGAAGGCGAGAAUCCUCGUUAAUUCAUUGAUUUCGACUACUCUCUUGGACCAAGUUUCACCAUCUACCAAGGCUUGUACUCUCUACAAACUGCCAGUCAAGGAAAAAGAAGAACAUCACGAACAGCACAAGAAGAUCCCUAGUCAACAUAGCCAUCAUGUAGAGCUGACGAAGAGCCGGAGACCAAAGGACCAUAAAUAUUAAUUACAUGUCUGGGACAUUUUAUAAAUAACGCAUUUUUAGAUUUUAAUAAACAAUAUCAUCCAAUACUAGCGGAGCGCUUUUAUAGAGUUCUCUCCUGGUAGCUUAGAUUCAUGCCAUAUGGGACAAGGGUCUCCGAAACAUAUAUCCCAAAGUUGGAAACUCUCAACUCUACUCCCUGCGGGAGAGCUUGACGCUCCGCUGGACCCUACUCGGGGAGAGCCACUGCGUGGUGCCUAGCUCCUCUACGAGGAGAC